CACUUAAAACGAUACUAUUAAAUUACUUCCUCUCAGUUGAAGUUGCAUUAGCCGAACAAACGAAGAACAAGAAGAACAACCGUGCUGCUGCAUCCGCGAUUUAUUUCCUCUGGUUUCCGUUUCUGCCUCAUUCGUGUACCCACUCUAGCCUUGUCCUUAAACACUUAAGGUAUCCCUAUCUCACUUCAAGAUGGGUAGGGAGGAUAAGGCAACAUGGAAGGCAAACUACUUCACCAAGAUCGUCCAACUCUUGGACGACUACCCGAAGUGCUUCAUUGUGGGGGCAGACAAUGUCGGUUCCAAGCAGAUGCAGCAAAUCCGUAUGAGUCUAAGAGGAACAGCUGUUGUGCUCAUGGGAAAGAACACCAUGAUGCGUAAAGCUAUCCGUGGUCAUCUGGAACGCAACCCAGCUCUGGAAAAGCUUUUGGCUCACAUUAAGGGAAACGUUGGCUUUGUCUUCACCCGCGGAGACUUGGUUGAUGUCCGUGACAAGCUGCUUGAAAACAAAGUGAAGGCUCCCGCUCGUGCUGGUGCCAUUGCUCCCUGCCCUGUCAUCAUUCCGGCCCAGAACACCGGUCUUGGUCCUGAGAAGACCUCUUUCUUCCAGGCUCUGUCCAUCCCCACCAAGAUUUCCAAGGGUACCAUUGAAAUUAUCAAUGAUGUUCACAUUCUGAAAGAAGGUGACAAGGUUGGUCCCAGCGAAGCCACACUGCUGAACAUGCUGAACAUCUCUCCCUUCAACUAUGGUUUGAUUGUCGAGAUGGUCUAUGACUCUGGCACCAUUUUCGAGCCCAAGAUCCUUGACAUUAAGCCUGAGGAUCUCCGUGUCAAGUUCAUGGAGGGUGUGAGCCGCCUUGCUGCUGUGUGUCUAUCCAUUGGCUACCCAACUGUCGCUUCGGUGCCUCACUCCGUUGUCAACGGAUUUAAGAACCUGUUGGCAGUGGCUGCUGUCACUGAUGUUGAGUUCAAGGAAGCUACAACUGUCAAGGAGUUCUUGAAGGAUCCUUCCAAGUUCGCUGCAGUUGCAGUUGCUGCCGCACCUGCUGCUGAGUCACCCAAGGCUGCCAAGAAGGAGGAAAAGAAGGAAGAGAGUGAGGAGGAAGAUGACGACAUGGGCUUUGGUCUCUUUGACUAAAUGGAGAAUCUGCAUCUGUUUAUUGCCAGACAAUAAAAUAAUGAAAAAAUACA